UUCGAAUCUUCAUGAACCAGUGUUUUGAAAGCGCCCAUCGCUGCAGUAAUGCUGCUUAUAUUUUAAACCAAAUCAGUUUCGAUUGUAGAAUGUCUUUUCGAGAAUAGAACGAAUUAAAACUGACUAACGGGUAGCCUAUUCUGCGAAAUAAACUUGAUCGAUAAGAUGGAGCAGCAUGAAAACAACCGGACCACAAAAGCACCAGAUGUGAAGACAAAAACCUGCCAGUCGUCACCUAGACAAGAGCAGAAGAAUGAAACACAGUAUCAGAAUGAACAGAAAGAAGAUUCUGUCACUUGGCAUGAAUGUGGGAUGCAUUUCUUUGAGCAAGAAAGUGUUGAGGAGCACAUGAGAAUUGACACUGAAGAAAAACCAUUAAUCUGCCCUCAAUGUGGAAAAAGUUUCACAGUGAAACAAAAGCUCGAGGCUCAUUUAAGGAUUCACACUGGAGAGAAACCAUUUACUUGCCCUCAGUGUGGAAAAAAUUUCAUACAACAAGGUCAGCUUAAUAUUCACAUGAGAAGUCACACUGGAGAGAAACCUUUCAUCUGUCCUCAAUGUGAUAAGAGUUUCACAUCGAAACAAAGCCUUAAAAGUCACAUGAGAAUUCACACUGGAGAAAAACCUUUUACCUGCCCUCAGUGUGAAAUGAGCUUCACACAGCAAGGAUACCUUAUACGUCACAUAAGAACUCAUACUGGUGAGAAACCUUUCACCUGCCCUCAAUGUGGAAAGAGUUACAAAGUCAAACAAAGCCUCGAGAGUCACUUGAGAGUUCACACUGGAGAAAAACCAGAAGGAUGGAGGAUGCAGCGGCACAACCAUAAGCCUUGGUGGGAAUGA